UAUAACAGCGCACGUGUGUGUUGUGGGCUCCGUCGUCCGAGAUCUAUACCCGCGUUGAGAGGUUCGGUCCGCCGAGAGGACCUGCCGUCCUAUACGAUUACGAGCAAGAAGAUCCUAGAUAGAAAAAAAAAAAAAAAAUUCAAAAGACCGGUGGGCGAAUAUCGAGUCAUGCCGCCCCCAGGGGAGAUUCGUCCCCCGUGGAACUAUGCCAGUGUGUUCGAAAGGGUAAAUUAGAUAUUUUAAGGCUGAUAUUGAAUAGAUGAACUGUUUAAAAAGGGCAACAGAAGGUCUGUCGAGAUUAUGAGAUUUUUAAACUUGAAUCUUAUGAAGUGAAGCGAGCUUGAAGAUACUUGAGGUUGCGGAGUAUAAUGUGUUUAUAAUCACGACUCGUUUUUUUAUAACGAAUAAGCUCUCUGGGAAAUUAAAGCUAAGCAAGUUUAUUUUUAUCAUGUGUUGGUUUUCUAAAUGACGUUUGACCAAAAACCGUGUCCAUUGCAAAAUGUACAAGUAAACACUUAUCAAAUGAAGGAAAACUGUGCGUUCAGUGACAACCCCCUUUUAGAACAAUAUUCCCGAGGAAUGAAAUUUCCAAUAUUUAACUAUCCAUCCCUCCACCAUUGAUAUUAUUAUUAUAAGAAAAAACAAACGAGACAAAUUCCCAUCGAACUGAAAUCCCAGUGACAUAUGGAAGAAGAAGAAGAAGAGGCACCAGAAUCACCCGCAAGCAACCCCCCUGACCUUCGGAUGACCAAAACAAGCACAAACAACUUCUUUUAUUCAUCUUUCCUCCCGAAAGUACCAUCGAAUGCUUUCCGCGCCGCCGCCGGUCGACGUCCAGACCACCGUCAGGAAGGACCCUAGAAAUAGUCUGUUACAUUUCUAGAUAUAGAUUUUUAAUGUGAGGCAUUCGCCAGAUAUCGAAUGUACCGCAGUGACUAGACUUACUAGACAUACUUUCUGUCGUUGAACGAGCUACAUUGUCCAGUGAUAAACACGCGACUAGUGGAGUGAGUUGUUCAGGUCAACGUCAGGAAAGACUUUGAAAUAUUCUGUUACAUUUCUAAACAUAGUUUUUGUUUUUAUGCGAGGCAUUUGCGAGAUAUCAAAUGUACUACAAGUGACUGGACGUACCUUCUUUCUGUUGUGUAGCGAGCUCGAUUGUCCGGCGAUAAACACGAAACUAGUGAAGUGGGUUGUUAAAAGUUGGGUAAUUCAAUACCCGAGCGGUGAAGUCAAAUCAUCUUCAAGAAGCCAAAGACUGGAAGAGUGGCAUAUUGCGGACGUCCUUUGAAUUCAGCCCACUCCCUUCCCACCCCCAUGGUGGGUGUGUAUUGCUCUUGCUUUAUUUUAAUUUUGUGAGUGAAUUGUUAUUGCUUUUAUUAUUGUUGUGGAUUAUUCGCCUUGAAUAACUUUGGCUGCGCGAGUGUAUUACAAACGUUGUCUAAGAAUUGACUGAAACGACAGGAUAAGUAACAAACGUCAUGGGACUUUUGACGUUUGUCAGCUGAUUCGCGUAAUGGGACAACGGGAAACAGAUGCAGAUGGAAGAGGACGCAUCGAAAGUUGAUGCGAUGAGUCUCUGCAACGACCCGAAAUAUUGCAAGAUGCAAUUGCACCCGCAGGAAAUGAGACGCUGUGCUUAAACUGGGCUGGGCUUCGAUGCUGUGGAGAACUAAAUUACUUUGAAAGGGUUCUUCUGUGACUUCGAGGUGAAAUUUGUAUGUUUCAAUAAUCAUUAGUAAUUGAAAUAUGAUGUAUUUAAAAUGAUCAGUGAAAUUAUUUUGUGACUCGAUGUUAUAAGAGUAGAUGAAAAGCAUUAUGAGACUAUUUGGAAUACUAUUUGGAUAGUAUUCCAAGUCUCGAGAUAUUAAAAGCAAUGACAUUACAGUAUAGUGACUCAUAGACGGCUAUUUAAUGUCACUUGUUUUGCAACAUGAACUAAGAGACCACUUGAACCAUAAAACCCUUCGUGAAUAUCGAAAUGAAUGACUAUUGGCAUGAUACGAUUGGUUUGGAAAUUCAGCAGACAUUCAUUUGAGACUUGAAAGAUAAUCAGUUUUGCAAGAAACUUCUAUUAAUGAAAUCCUUGGAAAAUGAGAGAUCGAACCUUUGACAGUUGUACCUACGAUGUUGAGGGUGGAGGAGGGGGAGGAGGAGGAGAUGGGGGAGGACGAGGAGGAGGAGGCAGCGGAGUGGAAGCCACAGGUUUUUCAGGUGGCGGAGGAGGAGGGGGGGCGGGAGGAGGAGGAGGAGGCAACAACAGCAGCAGCACCAGCGUCGAACUCCAGCAGCCUUCGGAAGAAGAAGAGCAGCUCAGUGUUCUCCCAGACUCGAGAGAGUUUGGGUGUGUGCCGUUGUGCUCGGCCACCUGCGCCCGUCCCAGGAAUUGUUGCUCUUCUCUCGAGAGCCAAAAGAGGACAGGGUGUUUGCAUAACGGUUUCCUCAGUCGAGGAUGCGAUGGUGAGGAAGACCGUGGGGAUAGUGACGAAGUGCCUACCCUCAGAGAUAGUGAUCAAGCAGUGCAACGUGUGAUAAAAGUAAGCGAUGGGGAAAUUCAGUUGCAAGUGAUUGGGAGUGAAUUGUCGUGUGUCAGAGAAGAAAAGCCGCAAAAGAGGAAAAAGAAAUUCAUUAUUAUACUUAAGGGUCUUCUUAAUAAGUCUAACAAAAGUGACAGAAAGAAACAGCAGAGUGAAAAUUCCGCCGACAAUCGCGAAAAUUGCAGCAACAGAAGCGCGGAAUCGAAAGCCGAGGGCGACAGGAAAUCUAACUGCCUUGAGAAAAAUAAGAGUGAAUCAAACCUGACCAAAAUCAAAGAGUGUUGUUUAUCCAAGGAUAACGCAAACAGCUACAAGUCGGAAAACAACAUAUCGUUAGGGAAGUGCAAAGGCUGCGACAGCAACCGUAAGUGCCUCGCCUCGUCCAACAAUAGCAUUUCGAGCAAUAACUACUACAGGAGCCAAAUCAACGCCGCCUGCAACAGGAGGAAAUUUACCGGUACGACAGUCGGUACUCAGGAACGAUUAACGUUACUCUAUUACGCCGCUCUAACGGGCAGCGCCUACAAAGAAAACGGAGAAAAGGGACCCAUAUGUCAAGAUUUGGUGGGAGGAGUCAGCAGGACCGAAAAAGAAACAGAAGAAGAAGAACGAGUCCCACAGCCCGCCGAGUCUCGGCCCCCACGUGACGUCAUUCCUGAGGACAGUUUGAAAGAGGACGGUGAGGACGCCGCCGCCGACGUUCAUUCUGUCUCUCAAGAAGAUUCGUCUUCUAGCUGUUUGUCUACUGGAUCAAGUGAAGAGUCUGUAGGGGGUCAGGAAGAAGAGUGGCUUGAGAAGGAUUUUGUAGAACCUGAGACUGCCCUGUGUUCAGAGUCACUCGAACUCCUCGAGGAUUCUGACAGAAGUGUGUCAUGUUUACCUGAGUCAGAGAAUCAGAUCCGGUGUGAUCCGACAAACAGUGAUUACGACAGUGACUUAGACCCAGAGGACAGUUGUGUUAAAGAAUGUGACUCAUUGCCAGACAGUGUUCAAGAAAGAACAAGAGGCUCUUCAUUUAGUGCUGGUGACAGUGGCAGUAGCAGUAACGGGAAUGAUAUUUGUGAAAAUGUCUGUGUAGGUGAAAAUAUUAAUGCAAACGGCAUAUUAGUCUGUGAUACUAAAGACAGAAGUGUUUCUGAGCCCAUUCUCAAUAGUUGUAAUGAAACAUUUAGCCCUAGUUUUAAUGUUACAAGAUUAGAAAGCAAAAGUGUCUGCUUAGAGAACAGAUGCAGCCUAGGUGGGCGUGAAAUUAGUGCGGAUGAAAUAGAUCCUUGGGCGAAAGGUGUGAGCUGUGAUUUCUCUUCAGAAUCUGAUGAGAGUGACAGCAGCAGUGACAGUAGUGUUGAUAUUCCUCCAGUUGAUGAUUAUAUAUAUGACCUACAGUUUGACCCAUAUUUUUACCAAGGAAGCCUAUCCCUCGAGGAUGUGCCGGAUGACCAGCCUAUAGAUUACCCAUGCCCUUAUGAUUCAGAGGGACGACUGAUCAGAAAUCAAGUUCCAGAGUACAAUACACAUUUUUCUUACAUUGAUAAUCACAGUUACAAUCCAAUUUCUAAUUUGGGAGAUAUCUAUAGGACACAAAGUCAGCCAGAGGAUAUAAGUCGCAGGAUAUACGAAAAUACCCCCUUAGAUGGAAAUGCCCCUCUUCAUGUGUUCUUAAGCCAACCCAUCCCAAACCAGGUCCCUUACAGCUUUCCUGCACGAAACUGCCAGCUUAAACCUCGGAAGAGAGGUGAAUUCAGUUCUCUCUGCAGUUUUGGUGGUUCACAACUUUACACUAUAACAGAAGAGGCUGAAUGGGACCCUCUAGAAGAAGAUAUAUACUCCAGGAGGCAGUAUUCAGAUGGUGAAUUUUACACGAGAAGAAAUUACUCAGAAUCUGAUAUUUACCUGGGUUAUGACGAUGGCUAUUGUGGUGAACCAUAUUAUAUGAAUCCAGACUUAUAUUAUGGUGACACAGAUACUGAAAGUGAUAGCGACAAAACUAUUCACAGUGAGUCAAGUCACUGUGAUUCUACAGAAACACUUGACAGAGAUGAGUACUCUGAAGAUCUAGAUAACCAAACUCUGCAUGAAUGUAUUGAAGCUGAAACACAUAACAGCCUAAACAACUCUGAUGACGAACGCUCCACUAAAAGUAGUCCAAUUGAUGCAACUUGUGUAGAACAGCUGAGUGACUGUAAUAGUAUAAGCUCUUGCCAAGAAGAGGCAAUAGAGUCUGCUUCAGAGGCUGAUACGAAUGUCAUAGAGAUAUGCCAUGAGGACUAUGCAAUAAGUGAAAAAGAAGAAGGGUUGUCAUACCAUGAGGGAGAUGCUGAGGGUGCCUGUCAUAGCGAAUAUCCUGAUGAGUUCUUCCUUUUUUGCUCUGAAGCCGAGAUCACUGAUAUGGAAGUAAUGGAUACAGUGGAGGUUCUUCCAUACAAUGGGAGUAAAGAUUUUAACUAUUUCAAGGUGGAAGAUAAGAGGUCCAAUAACAGCAGCCCCAUUGAUCAAGAUUUCUUAAUGGACAAUUAUAAUUACAGUUCAAAGAACAGCAUUGGUAAAAACCGCUAUUGGGACCACUGCAAGGACAGCCUUGAGAAGAUGUCGUCGACUCCAAUAUAUCAAAAUAUACCAAUAAAUAGCAGGUUAUCUAAAUCUAAUCCAAAUUUGGCUGCAUUAUCUGAAGAUAGUGCGCCAGCAAAGCCAAUCUAUCAGAAUGUUCCAGUGCCUUCUAAACGAUAUCAUGUACCUUCAAGAGGACAAUCAUUCACAACUGAUUUAAUAGGUUCUAAUAGUGAUGAUGAUUUGGACUAUGUUAGUCAUAAUAAGGACCGGUAUAAUUCAUCAUUUACCUCGAAUGGAAGAAGCAGGGCUAAGCAGGUUUCUCGUAGGUCAGACACCCACGAACCAAAUUCGAAACCCUUAAGCAAAGAUGACAAUGAUGUACAAAUGACCCUACAUAAGUGGUCCAGCAGUAACUGGAGAGAUGGUGACCUGUCAACCAUUGGCAGUACGAGCACACCGUCGGGCAUGAACCAAGGCUGGCAAGAUCUGAGCGUUGCAGGUACAACCCCAGCCGAAUUCAACGCCUAUGCCUCCAACACAAGCCUAGACCACGAUGCAUUCUCGAAGACCUCCAAGAUCUACAAGUGGAAUGGGUCGUCCUCCGUCUCCGACUUGACCUCCCUGAGUCGGGAAUUGUCCCCAACUUCCAUGGGCGUUGCCAAGACGUCAGCCUCCACCUCGGACUUAAGGACCAUAGGAGGUGGGGGAGGGGCUGGAGGAGGAGGCCACGACUCGUACAGUGACGACGAGAAUUUCCAGGAGCUUUUAAGUGAGACGAGCUACGCCGCCUGGUCAGCCAAGGUCCACAAUGACCUCGACGACCAGGACUUCGUUCUGCCGGUGAAUAUGAAGAACUCUUCCAACUUCUCCUUCGCGUCUCAUGGGAAGAGCGGCAACCGAGCCAUGAUGGAGUUCUACGUCAACAACCUGACAAGCGACAGCGACAGCGACAACGACUCUGCAGGCUCCAGCACCAGCGCCUCCGGCGGGAGCCACGACUUGGAGGAGGAGGUGGUGGAGCACCAGCAGCAGAUGCUGGACAGGACCUAUCAGGUCAUCGGUGGAGCUGACACAGUCCUCGACACCAUCGAGGAAGACGUCGAGGAGGACUCCGGAGCCGAGAGCUCCGGCCACUGGAUGUUCUCAGCGGACAACACCGACACCGAUUCGGUCAUCCACGUGCCCGCCAUUCUUGACCUCCGACCUUAUCCCGUAGAGGCGGUCAAAGAGAGCGAGAGCACAGACAGCGACGGCACCAUCGUCACAGAGGAAGACGUUACCGAAAGCGUUUGCCGUCCGGAGGUAGCGAGCAACAGCAGCAGCCGACAGGAAACGGGCGUGACAGAAGGCAAUAGUCACGUCGAGGAGGCCCCGGCCAGCCACCACCCCCACCCCCACCCCCACCCCGGGUCUUCCGCUUCUGACGAGGAGGAGGAGGAGGAGAACGAUGAUUCCGACUUGGGCAGUAGAGGCGUUGAACCGGUGACUGUCGGAGGUGGCCGCGUCGGAAGUCCGACUUAUCCUUCGUCGGACGCUGCUGCUAAAGACCACAGCGGGAUUCGAAGCCGAAGCGAAAGGGAUUCGAACGGCGGCGUCAACGCCGGUGAUUGCAAGGGGCGCGGCGGCGGCGGCCUCCCGGCGGGAUAA